AUGGCUCUUCGUGCGACCGUCGACGCCCGUAUUGCUCCCAGUGCCUGGAAAAUGGGGUCGAGUGUGCGGGAAUCGCCACAGUCCCAAGCCAUAUGGAGUCAGCCGAGUCCAACAAUUAAUCUAUCCAACUCAUCGAUACACACCCUCACCGACUCACCAACCGACACGGAAUCGGUCACUGCAUCAGGGAGCUGGAGAGGAUCAUGGUCACCAUGCCGGCUACCGUCAUCAGCGUGGUCAUGCCCGUCUACCGAAGACUCUGAAACUGACGAAGCGACUGCAGAGUUGCAGCGCCGUCACUCUUAUGGCUACAGUUUCGCGGGGAAUCACUCACCAUCGUUGUCGCAAUUGCUCCUUGCCCGAUCUGUUGGACGGACUCCGCGCCUUCGAUACCUAAUCAGCUAUUACGCCGAGGUCAUCGCCCCGGUCAUUGUGGCCUUCGAUAGCCCGACGAACCCAUUCCGUACUUCGAUCUUGCGCAUGGCCCAGGAUAGUAUAUCUCUUCAGGAAGCUAUCGCGACGUUAUCUACCAGUAAUUUGCGGCAGAGACGUGACCGGGGAAUCUUUUCGACUUGCCGAACGGAGUCAGCGCGCAUGUCUUCAUUAGCACACCAAGCUUUAACGGAUAGGUCGGUUCUAGAAUCCUUCGACCCCUCAAUACCAGAGGGAUUUGCUCUUGAAGAAACGUAUCAUCGAGGCGUGGCUGUCAAGGAACUGAAUAAAGAAUUGGCGGAUCCGCAGCGAAGAUUGUCGGAUUCGGUACUUGCCACCUUGUUGAUCUUGUGCUUGUUCCAUGUCUGUGACACUGGAGUCGGACAGUUCAAGACCCAGUUUGCAGGAGUUACCAAAUUGCUUGCAAUUCGACUGCGGGCUUCUCCUUAUGUAUCGGAUGAGCUCAAGUGGUUCAUCCGAAUGUUUACGUGGUAUGACACCAUGACGGCCACAACUAACGAUCGCGAAUCCCAGCUGCAUAGCAGUGAAUGGGGCCUUGAAAAUCUUGCUGGAUGCGACGCCCGGCUCUUCAAGAUCAUCUCACACCUCGGACGGCUGAACCUCCUGAGCCAGAGCCAGGAACACACAGGACCUUCGCCGCAUGUGUUUGUGCCAACCUCUAUUCCUCCACCUUCCAUGACCUACCAUACGCCAGACCUGCUAUUCUCUGGCCUUCCAACGCAAAUUGACCCCUAUCUCUUCCCUCUACCUACUCCACCGCGGCACGGCGACCAAACCAAGCAGCCCUCAUCUCCAUCGUUCUGGGCAGAGUGGUAUUCCAUCAAACAGCAACUGGAAGCGUGGCGAUUUCCGCAAGAGCGGCUUAACCAGGGGCCUGCGGAAUCCGCUCGGUCGAUGCACGCAUACAUAUCACCACCAUCCUCGCCAGUAUACGAAUCCGGAGUCGCUCCGCAGAACAUCGAGGACGUCUUCCAUAUCUCCGAAUCGUUCCGACACUCGGCGCUCCUUUACAGCGAGCGACUCGCUUAUCCUGACCUACCAUCUUCCCAUCCGCGCAUCCAGCAGAUCGUGCAGCGCUCAAUGGCACACAUCUUAGCAGUCAAGUCGGAUGUAUACCUCCUCUGGCCACUGUUCAUCACCGGUUCCGAAUGUGUAUUUGAAGAGCACCGCAUAAUUAUCGAAGAACGUUGCAAGGAUAUCUCCAAGGACUCCGGGUUUUACAACAAUCUCUCCUGCCUCGAGCUUUUGCAGAAAAUCUGGGCAGAGAAUUCGUCCGUUGACGUAGAUGAAACCGGCUAUGGAGGCUUGCAGGCCUGCCAGUUCGAUUGGUCGGCAUCGGAUGGUGUUAUGCCUUCGAAUUCUCUUUACAAGGGUCAGGGAUUCCGAUGGCAGCAGGCUAUGCAGGCUAAACGCGCCGAAGGAGAAUAUAUGGUAGUGUGACACUGCAAUGAGUGAUUUAAAUCACAUAUAAUGGCCGGUAUAUAACAUGCAAUGAAUACUUUAAUAACUC